UGAGUUUUAUCUAAUAACGUGAUGACAAAUUUAAAAAUGUAAAAACUCAUUAUUAAAUAUCUUACCUUUAUAGUUUAUUAAGAUUUAAAAUUAUUACAACUUUCUCAUCAACGUAACGUUUUUUGCGAUAACUUAUUGAGUAUCUAUUAAAUAUUAAGUGUUUAUUUUUAAUGAGGUAGAGAUUUGAGUUCAAAAAUAUAUUAAGUAUUCGAGAAUUUGUAUUUCUCUUAAUUAAUACGCUCUUUUAUGAGUAAAAUUAACCGAAUAUUAAUAUCUAAUUGUGUUUAUGAAAUUUUUAAAUUGGCUUUAUAAUAAAAAUCUGCUUUGUAAUCAUACCUUAUAAAUUAAUAUCUGUUUUAAUCCCAAUACUUGUGUAUAUAAUUAAUCGAUUCUAUAGCUAUUUGUAAUAUAAUUAAUAAACAAAUAAAUAUUAGCGAUGGAUUGCUCAUAUUAUCAUCCCUUUCUUUAAACCAAUAUAAAAAUCUGUUCUUGUAGGCAAAGUGAACAAUGGCACUCAUCACGGCUUACUGGAGUUUGGAUGGCAUAAUAGUUCUGACAACUCUCAUUAUAACUCUGUAUCUUUACAUGACACGCAAAUUUGGGUACUGGAAGAAACAAGGUGUAAGAGAAGCAACACCGACUCCAUUUUUUGGCAAUUUCACGGAUUGCAUGCUUAUGAAGAAAAAUCCUGCACAUCUUAUGAAAGAUUUAUAUGAUCAAGGCGAGGGAAUGCCUUAUAUCGGGUUCUACUUAUUAGACAAACCGUGCUUGAUGAUCCGUGAUCGGGAAAUCGUUAAAAACAUCUUAGUGAAGGAUUUUAAUUACUUUUCUGACAGAUACGGUUCGCCUGAUAUAAAUGAUCGGCUGGGUUAUGCUAAUCUUUUCUUUAUAAAAAACCCAGCCUGGAAAUUUUUAAGAACAAAGUUGACGCCAACGUUUACAUCGGGCAAACUGAAAAAGAUGUUCGAGCUAAUGAUAGAAUGCGGUAAAAAUCUCGAUGCAUAUCUUGACUCGCUGAAAUUAGAAGAUAAAGGAAUGGAAAUGGAAGUAAAAGAGUUAACUGCCAAAUUUGCUACGGACAUAAUCGGCAUUACUGCCUACGGACUCAAUGUGAACUCGUUGAACAAUCCAGACGCCGAGUUCCGAAAAUAUGGCAAAAAGAUUUUUGAGUAUAACAUUUUCCGUGGUUUCGAAUUUCUCUCCAUAUUCUUCUUUCCAACGCUAGUUCGUUGGACCGGUAUGAGAUCGUUUGGCAAGGAAGCCACCGGUUUCUUACGUAAUGUCCUUUGGGAGACUCUCACUGAACGUAUGAAAUCUGGUCAAAAGAGGAAUGAUCUCAUUGAUACUCUUAUCGAACUUCGAAACACUUAUAAAGAUCAGAACAUUGGAGGAUUCAAGUUUGACGGGGAUGAUCUAGUAGCGCAAGCAGCUGUUUUCUUCACAGCUGGUUACGAAACUUCUUCAUCGGUAAUGGCUUUUACUUUGUAUGAACUCGCAAUACAUUCGGAAAUACAAGAUAGGCUCAGAAAAGAAAUUCUUGAUGCGCUCCACGAAACUGAUGGCAAAAUCACAUAUGACAUGGUCAUGUCGCUUCCGUAUCUCGACAUGGUGGUGUCCGAAACAUUGCGGAUGUAUCCGCCUUUGGCAUUUCUGGAUCGCGUAGCAGUUGAUACCUAUAAGGUGCCAAAUUCCGAUUUAGUUAUCGAAAAGGGCACACCAAUUUAUAUUUCGAUGCAAGGCAUGCAUUAUAACCCAGAAUUCUUCCCUGAUCCAGAAAGAUACGAUCCGGAGCGAUUCAGCGAAGAGAACAAACGUAAAAUACCGCCAUGUACCUAUUUUCCAUUUGGAGAGGGUCCACGCAUAUGUAUAGGCGCCCGCAUGGGGCUUUUACAAACAAAACUGGGAAUUAUUACUAUCUUGAGCAAAUACGAGGUGGAACCAUGCAAAAAAACUUUAAUACCAAUGGUUCUCGAUCCGAAAGGUACGCUAACAUCGCCAAUGGGUGGAGACAUAUGUCUCAAUAUUAGAAAUAUUAACACUCAUUAAAAUGUGUAGUCACUGAACUUUUUUUGAAACCAAAGAAAGUUGCAUUUGAUUUGCUUGAUACUCAAAUGUAUAAUUUUUGUAAUAAAUUUGUAUAUUUUGUGUAAAUAUAUAUUAAAUUAAUAUAUUA